CAAACCCAUGAAAAAUAAUAAAAAGUUUACUGUGACCCCAUUUUUCCAUAUCCCAAUGCACAUAUACCCUUUAAUUAUUAUUAUUUAAUUUUUCUUUACUUGCUGUUUGCUGACUGCUUCUUCUUCUUCUUCUUCUAUAGAUUACAUACUAUAUAUUUAUCACCCUUAUUUUCCACAACCACUGUAUAAAUAGCACAUGCCCCCAUCAUUUUAGUGUAUGCAGUGGUCAUCAAGAUUUUAAUCACUAAGCUUCUUGACUACAUGUCUUAUUCUUCUUCCUGCUUAAUUCCUGGCACGUCUUCCCUGGUCAUGGAUGAAGCUUCACCGUUUUUCUCAUCUCUUGAGUCUGAUUUUUCUACUGGGUAUUUAGAAGAUGCUUUGGUUGAAUUUAGUGAACGUUCUAAACGACGACGCUUGAUGUUCUACACUGAUGAUCAUCAUCUUGAAAAGAGCUACUGGAAUGAAAACUUCGAGUGGGAUUCGGAGAAUUUUAGUUGCAUGAGCCACAUUACCGGUAGUAUUCGUGGAGUUUCAGAUGAACCCAUAAGCACGUCCAUGAGCAAUAUGAGUGAGGAGGCAACUGUUAUUACAGAGAUGAAAACACCAGAAAAGGAAAAAUCAACAGCCCCUGAAACUCUCGAUUCUUCAUCUUCUUACUACAAAGAUUCAGCUAAAACCAAGUCCAUAUUUGACAAGGAUAACCUGCAUCUUCUUGGUGAGAAUAAGAGAAAAAAGAGGGUGAUAACACGAGUGUUGUAUCCAUUUGCACUGGUGAAGCCUGGCGGGGUUGAAGGUGACAUGACCAUAAGCGAUAUCAACGAGAGGAUCUUAAUGCCACCAACAAGACCGGUAAGGCAUCCGGUCGGUGACUUUGCUUGUAGGCCAUGUGUGUCGGCUGACGGAAUAGGCCUUUCGGGGAAAGCUGUGGUGGCACUUACGAGAAUCCACACUCAAGGAAGAGGCACGAUCACCAUUAUCAGAACCAAAGGUUAAAAGCUAGCUAGCUGAGAAUCCAUAUAUAUAUAUAUAUAUAUAUAUAUAUAUAUAUAUAUAUAUAUAUAUAUAUAUAUGCAUGUGUACUCAUGUUUACUCUACAUAGUUUAUGCUUUGUGAUCUGUUUGAAUUGUAAAGAGGAAACGAAAAAAGAAAAGAAAAAAUUUCAUGCUUGUAAAAUAGUUACCAAUUUCUACGGAGUUAUAGUCCGUGCUUGUUGAAUCUAUAUAGCUGCUUAAUGAUUGCUGA